AUGCGCACCCCUUCCCCGCUCGUCCUUCGAGUCUGGGGCUCACGACUGGUACCACGCAGAUAUGCUCCAUUGUGCUCAAAUAUCUACCGUCCAGCACAAAGAUCAGUAGCAAGCUACACGCAUCCUCAUCAUGCCUCCGCCCUUUCCGUUCUCCCCACAGCAGUGGACACCUCCUCACCAGAGUACAAAGAAAACAGUCAACAAAUGCAAGAGCUCCUGGAUCGCAUGAAUCAGCUUCAUACAAAGAUUGCCCGCGGGGGAAAUGACAAAGCGCGCGAGAAGCACAUUGCUCGUGGCAAAAUGCUGCCACGAGAUCGUAUCUCUGCCCUAGUCGACCCUGGCACAUCUUUCCUGGAGCUAUCAGCACUAGCAGGACAUGGAGUCUACGACGGCGAGGAUGUCCCAGCCGGUGGUAUUAUCACCGGUAUUGGAACUGUCGAGGGAGUCAAUUGCAUGAUCGUUGCAAAUGACAGUACCGUCAAGGGCGGUACUUACUUCCCCAUCACCGUGAAGAAACACCUUCGCGCACAGGCAAUCGCCCAGGAGAACCGCCUCCCUUGUAUCUACUUGGUGGAUUCGGGUGGUGCAAAUCUGCCUCACCAGGCAGAUGUGUUCCCUGACCGCGAUCACUUUGGUCGUAUUUUCUUCAACCAAGCCCGCAUGAGCUCACUUGGCAUUCCACAACUUUCUGUAGUUAUGGGCCCAUGCACAGCGGGUGGUGCCUACGUGCCUGCAAUGAGCGAUGAGACCAUCAUCGUCGAGAAUCAAGGUACCAUCUUCUUGGCUGGGCCACCUCUUGUCAAGGCCGCGACGGGUGAGGAAGUCUCCGCCGAGGAUCUGGGCGGUGGUCAACUACAUUCAAGCAUCUCUGGCGUAACAGAUUAUUUGGCUGUUGAUGAUGCUCAUGCUCUUGUAAUUGCUCGCCGCUCCGUUGCAAAUCUCAACUAUCCUCCCACUACGACACCACUGCAGCUGGAGAAUGGAAAGGGAGACUCACUUGUCGUUAAAGAACCGCUUUACGAUCCGAAUGAGCUGAACGGUAUUGUUGGUACGAAUCUGCGUCGACAGAUUCCCGUGCAUGAGGUCAUUGCGCGCAUCGUCGAUGGGAGCGAGUUCGCUGAAUUCAAGCGAGACUAUGGCUCGACGUUGGUGACAGGCUUUGCGCGCAUUCAUGGCCAUCGUGUUGGAAUUGUUGCGAAUAAUGGAAUUUUGUUCUCUGAAUCUUCGCUGAAAGGAGCUCACUUCAUUGAGCUCUGUGCUCAGCGUCGGAUUCCUCUUAUCUUCUUACAAAACAUCUCUGGGUUCAUGGUUGGUGCAGACGCAGAGAAAGGCGGUAUUGCGAAGAACGGUGCCAAGCUUGUAACCGCUGUUGCAUGUGCAGAUGUCCCCAAGUUCACAGUUGUGUUUGGGUCUAGUGCCGGUGCAGGCAAUUAUGGAAUGUGUGGUCGUGCCUACUCUCCUCGCCUUCUCUUCAUGUGGCCCAAUGCUAAGAUCGGUGUGAUGGGUUCUGAGCAGCUUUCUGCUGUUAUGGAGGCUGUUGGACGGUCUGCUGAUCCAGCACUGAAGGAACGCAUUGACCGUGAAUCAGAAGCCACAUUCUCUUCAGCGCGUCUGUGGGACGAUGGUGUCAUUCCACCAUCGCAGACGAGGAAGAUGUUGGGUCUGGGUUUGACAGCUGCGCUCAGCGGGAAGUCAGAGCCAGAUGUACAAACUAAGUUUGGUGUAUUCCGAAUGUGA